GUCCUUUAAGGAAUAUGAUUAUCACUAAUAUGCAUUUCAGACACUGGCUUACAUCCGUUCAUAUUUAAAGGCUUGGAACGGACAAUAUUUGGCUAUUUUAAAGAUUAGCCCAAUUAAAGUUGGUUCUUGUGUCAAAACAGAGCGAUACACAGUUUUGCUGCAUGUGUCAGUUUAAGAAAUCGCAUGGCCAGACUUUCUUAUCAUUAUCUAAAUAAACAGCUUGUGACUCGGCAGCACAGACGUGACAGGCCUCACGUUGUAAUUCCAGCUUUAAACCGCUAGAGGGAGACAAAAGCACACUAACAACGUGCGAGGCGUUAAACUAAAGAAGCGCAUCCACCGCGAGAGGGCGAUGCGUGAACUCUACUUCGCUGCUAACAAAGAAACAAGUUGUUUUCGUCAUACAAGUCUGAGAAAAGUGCUUUUGCACUUUUGUUUGACCAGCUUAAUACUUGUGGCAGUUCAUACGCUUUCUGCAGUGCCACUAAAUGUUUGAGACUGAAAUGGCUUAAGUGUUUGUUUAACUUAUUUAUUAUGCAAAAGAAGUUCGCAUAUGCGCAUCUUUCAGAAAAGUGACACAGAACGAACCCGUUCUUGUUUUGCCGAACUUCUUCACUGGGAGGUUCCUCUUCUUUGGGCAUGCUCAGUCAGCUUGUUUUUGUCUAAGAACCUGUAAGCAUCAAUCAUCCGAGCUCUCUCUCUCCAUCCACACCCAGUUAAGAUGUUUAUGAGCAGGCAGGACCGCCCACACGAGUUAAAGGCCCUUCAGGGAACAUGCACAGCUUCAGUUUUGUUUUGAACCUGAAGGAAGAGCAGCUUCCUUGCACUUGAAUGCACGCACGCGCUCUUUGUUUGACUUCGCACGUCUGAAUUAUACAUAAAGGGCUGUGCUUAGCAAAGCCCAAAGAUGAUUUUCGACAAGCUGAAAAAGUUUGACAUAGUGUUCGAUUCCCCGGAGCUGGACUGUCCUCCAGUGUUCAGCAGCGGAGAUGUUGUCUCAGGGAAGGUUGUGCUCGAGCUCUCGGUGGAGACUAAAGUGCAGUCGCUGAAGUUGCAUGCAGAAGGUUUCGCUAAAGUCCACUGGACCGAGUCUCGCAGCGCCGGGUCCAGCACGGCUUACACGCAGAACUACAGCGAUGAAGUGGAGUACCUGAACCGGAGAGAAGUUCUGCUGCAGGCAGAUAAUGGUGAACUGACAGUCCUGUCUGCCGGGAGACACGAGUACCCUUUCAGUUUCCAGCUGCCAGAGGAAACCCUAGUGACAUCUUUUGAGGGCAAGCACGGCAGCAUUCGAUACUGGGUGAAGGUUAAGCUGCAUCGCCCGUGGGCCGCCGUCAAGAAGAUCAAGAAGGAGUUCACGGUUAUCGAGCCCAUUGACAUCAACACGCCAAGUUUGCUGGCGCCUCAAGCUGGAACCAAAGAGAAGAUGGCCCGCAUCUGGUACCGCAACUGCGGGCAGGUGUCGAUCACCGCAAAGAUCGACCGCAAGGGCUACACGCCGGGUGAAGUGAUUCCAGUCUUCGCUGAAUUCGAUAACUCCACGUCUCGCUCCGUGGUGCCGAAAGCUUACAUCACCCAGACGCAGACCUUCAUCGCAAGGGGAACCAUGAAACAGAAGAGGGCCGUGGUGGCCACGUUGUGCGGGGACAUACUUGGUGCACGCCGUAGAGAGACGUGGCACGGCCGCGCCAUCAAAAUCCCUCCAGUCGGCCCCUCCAUCCUGCAGUGUCGCAUCAUUAAAGUGGAAUACAUGCUCAGGGUGUGCGUUGAUGUUCCUGGGACGUCCAAGCUUUCCCUGGAGCUUCCUUUGGUUAUGGGCACCAUCCCUUUGCAUCCGUUCGGCAGUCGCACGUCUAGCGUUAGCAGCCAGUACAGCGUGAACAUGGAGUGGCUUCGCAUGGCCAUCCCUGAGCAGCCUGAGCCUCCUCCGGAUUACAGCGCUGUUGUGUCAGAUGAGGAAGCGGUCCAGAACUCCACAGCAGUCCAACCUCAGGAAGAUCUCAGCGGCGUGCUGCAGCGCUCCCUCAUGGCCUACGUGCAGGAGUUCAGAUUACGCCCGCCGCCGGUGUACAGCGAGGUGGACCCAAACCCUCAGCCCAUCACCAUGCGUCCUCGCUGCAUGACCUGUUGAACUCUCUGCCAGCUGAACAUCACCUGAUGUUUUGAAACAAAUCUGAGAUUUAAUUCUCCUGGAUGUCUCUCUGAGACUGAGAUUGGCAUUUGAUCCUCGUUUCGAGCCGUUCGCAUCUGUGCUUCCAGCAGCGGGGCAAAGAGAGAGGAGGAGAUGUCUGGACUAGGCGAGGACAGGCUCUUUCAUCAAACAAAGAGGACAUUCAGGAUCAGGGCGAACAAAGUUUCUGCCCACGUUUGUGUCCCAAAGAGCAAUCAGACUCUGGUCUGUGCCUCGAACGAUUGUACGUAGAAUCAGGGAAAUUUGGGCAUGAUCACUAGAGAAUUAUGGGUGAGAAGCCAUUCAGAGAUACUGCCCAUAGUGCCUUAUUUUGCUGUGAAUGAGGGCUGAGUCCCUCUAAACCAGCUGCAGUCUGCCACCUUAGAUGUUAGCAGGCAUGUGAUGAAACUGUCAUCAUGUAUGCAUCUUUUGGUGUCGGUGUUAGCCAAAGAGAUCGGUUUAAAAUUCAUAUGAAUGGGUGAUUCUAUUCAAAAGGGAAAAACUAGAGCUUUAAGGGGGAAAUUGCAAAUCCUGGAAGUAUAAAAUCCUUUCCCCCCUCUUGGAGUGAAUCUUAUGUUGGUAUAAGUUUCAUCUGACUCGACAGCUCGAGUCUGUGACCUGGAAGCUCUUAAUGUCUCGCUGAAUGUAAACCACAGAUAACUUUUGAGCAAAACUGUCGUUUUUCUUCGUCGUUUUUGCCUGUGACUUGAGGUAAUGUAUGUAAUGCAGGGCUCAAGCAGCCCUUGACGAUUAGCUUUACAAAUUACAGAGCCAUGUGUACCCAAGGUGCCUUUUUUGUUGAUUUAGAUGAAACGAUGAACGACUACAGGGAUUAUGUGUUAAGCAUUCCAAAAAUACCACAGACUCACUUCAUUUCCAGAUUAUGAGAAAGUGUACCUUCAGGUUUAAACAUAAUGACUGUAUUUUAUAGGUUUUUGUUGUUGUUGAAAUUUGUGACAAGCAUAUUUUUUGUUAAUCACUUUUAAGUAAAUAAAAAGGAAAAAUGAUA